UUAACUAAGACUAGGUUCUGAAAAAUAUGGACACAGGACCAAAGCGGCGAAGGCAAACGAACCCACGUUAUAAAGCAAACUUAUUUUCCGUGUUAACUUUUGGAUGGACAUUAGAGACGUUUAUGCUUGGAUAUAGCCGUGAUAUAAAGGAAGAUGACCUUUACGCACCGUUACCCGAACACAGAUCUGAUAUGUUGGGAGAUGCAAUGCAAACUGCAUGGGAACAGGAGGUUGAAAACACAGGUUUCCAAGGUGAAGAAAGAAAACCAAGCCUAAUGAAAGUAUUGUGCAAGGUUUUUGGUUUUGAGCUUGUGCUUUAUGGACUGAUUCUGGCCGCUAUGGAGUUUUUAAUAAGAUUGCAGCAACCGUUAUUCCUUGGUCUAUUGCUGCGAUAUUAUAGUCCAGCCCAAGAUUUUUAUAACAAUACAGCAACUAGCAAUACGUAUUUUUCUCGCCUAUUUAAAUAUUACGACGUGUCGAGUGGCAUUACGUGGGGCGAGGCGGUUUUCUUCUCUUUUGGCCUAAUCUUCUGUAGCAUGGCGAAUGUUAUGAUACAACAUCCUUUUAUGAUGGGAGUUAUGCAUCUAGGUAUGAAAAUGCGCGUCGGAGUUUGCAGUCUCAUUUAUAGGAAGGCUUUAAAAGUGAAUCUCCAAGCGAUGUCGGAAAACAGAGGUGGAUUAGUUGUUAACUUGAUGGCGAACGAUGUGAACCGCUUUGACUCCGGACCACUUUUCAUCCAUUACCUGUGGAUAGGGCCCAUUGAAACCUUGCUUAUGACCGCGUAUUUAUAUCGGGAGAUGGGCAUAUCUGCAGUCUAUGGUGCAUUGAUGAUUGUAGCUGCGGUACCAUUCCAAAUAUUCCUCGGCACUCGUACAUCUCACUACAGAAGAAAAACAGCUUUGAAAUCCGAUGAAAGAGUGAGAUUGAUGGAGGAAAUAGUGAUGGGGAUUGAGGUUAUAAAAAUGUACACCUGGGAGAAACCGUUCAGGAAGAUCAUUGAUACUGUGAGGCGGCAAGAGGUGCAUUAUAUCAAGAUGACAUCUUAUAUACGUGGCAUGGUGAUGUCUUUUAUCAUGUUCACGGCUCGAUUCAGCAUUUUCAUCACAGUGCUACUUUAUGUAGUCUAUGUGAACCGUAUCACAGUGGAGAACGUGUUCUUUCUCACCUGUUAUUACAAUAUCCUCAAACAGACUAUGACGCUGUUCUUUCCACAGGCUGUUGGACAAAUUGCAGAAAUGAACGUGGCUGUGCAGAGGAUUAAUGACUUUUUACUGAGUGAGGAAUGCAGACUUCCAUCCAGGACCCAGUCAUCCGAAUUACCACUGCCUCACAAUAAGCCUAAGAAACGUGUAACUAUACCACUGAAUCCCGUGCGCCCGCCUAAAAGACGUUCUCCUAGAACUGAGCCUAACACUUCCACUAUUAAGUCCCAGGACAAGCCUAAAGAAUUGCGCAAAGACCAAAUAGCCAUCAAGUUUGAUGAGGCUUGCAGCCGUUGGAUAAAAUCAUCGGCUAAGGAUGAUGUCAAGGAUAUUACUUUAAGUAUUUACGGUGGUUCGUUAACAACAAUCAUCGGAGCGGUAGGCUCUGGUAAGUCUACAUUACUUCAAAUGAUGCUAAGCGAACUUCCAUGUUCAACGGGCAGUAUGGAUAUAAUGGGCAGUGUGAGUUAUGCCAGUCAAGACCCUUGGCUUUUUGUUGGGUCGGUUCGUCAAAACAUUCUUUUUGGCCAGCCAUUCGUUAAAUCACGUUACAUGGAGGUGUGCAAGGUGUGUGCUCUCGAAAGGGACAUAUCUUUGUUUCCGCAUGGAGACAAAACUAUUGUUGGAGAGCGAGGAGUAUCUCUCAGUGGAGGACAACGUGCUAGAAUAAACUUAGCAAGAGCUGUGUACAAAGAGGCCGAUAUUUACUUGCUAGAUGAUCCGUUAUCAGCUGUAGAUACACAGGUUGCAAGACACAUAUUCGAAAAUUGUAUUAAAGGAUACUUGGAGAGCAAAACCGUGAUACUAGUGACACACCAGCUACAAUUUAUAAAAUCUGUCGACCAGAUAGUAAUUGUGGAGAAAGGCAAAAUUAUCGCAGAUGGAGACUAUAACGAUUUAACUAAACAGGAGUUACCAAUAAUACAGUUGAUGCAAGACAAAUCCCACGAAAUGCGUAAAGAGGAUAACUCAUCUCCAAACAAGUUUUUACAAGGCACGAGCAAUCUCAGUAUAAAACGGUCACAUUGGUCCCAUUGGUCAAUUAUGUUUGAUACAAUAGAUCAGAAACGGGAAGAAGAGGCGCAGAUCGUGGGAAGAGUGAAAGGAUCAGUUUACAAGGAAUACUUCUCGGCUGAUUCAGCUUAUAUUUUCGUAGCCCUCGUAUUUUGUAUGUUCGUUUUGGCACAAUUUUUUGCAAGCGCAAGCGAUUAUUGGAUUAGUCGAUGGAGUAAUGCAGAGGAUCAUUUAACUGGUGACAAAACGAUGGAUAAUCUUCUGUGGUCACAACACGGUUUGAGGAGAAAGGACUUUGCACUCAUAUUCGGUGUGCUAACCAUAGCGACAAUUGUUGUAGCGUUAAUUCGUGCAUUUCUAUUCUUCUCUUUGUGCAUGAAGUCUUCAAUAAAGUUACAUGACAACAUGUUUGAGCGAAUAUCACUUUCACCAAUGAGCUUCUUUCACGCAAACCCUUCAGGUAGAAUUCUUAAUCGUUUCAGUAAAGAUAUGGGAUCAGUAGAUGAAUUACUACCUCAAGCAAUGCUUGAUUGUUUUCAGAUAAUGUUAAACUUAGUUGGUGUCCUCAUAGUGAUACUGAUGACAGAAAUGGCUCUUCUAAUACCAAUAGCAGCAGCACUUAUUAUAUUUUACAUAUUCCGUCUGAUUUACGUCCGUACAACUAGUGCUAUAAAACGAUUGGAAGGAAUAACCCGAAGCCCCGUUUUUGGACACGUAAACGCAACAAUCCAAGGCCUGCCUACGAUUCGCUCUUUCGGUGCAGAACAACUCCUUGUUCUUGAGUUUGAUCGCCAUCAGGACUUGCACAGCGCGGCUUGGUAUCUCUUCAUCACUUGCAGCCGCGCGUUUGGCUACUUCCUCGAUGUUAUUUGUUUGCUGUUUAUUAUGUGUGUGACCUUCAGCUGCUUAAUGAAGACUGGCAUAGAAGGUAGCAAAGUAGGACUGAUAAUAACUCAAUCUAUUUCGCUCACCGGCAUCUUUCAAUGGGGCAUGAGACAAUCGGCCGAGAUGGAAAACCAAAUGACCAGCGUCGAAAGAGUACUAGAAUAUACUAAAUUACCGCAAGAGGUAACACCUGAUACGCCAGACCAAAAGCCACCAGAAGACUGGCCAACAGAUGGCGCGAUACAAUUUGAACAUCUAAGUUUGAGAUAUUCACCCAGUGGCGACCAUGUCCUUAACGAUUUACAGUUCAACAUUCUUCCGCAAGAAAAGAUAGGUAUCGUCGGAAGAACUGGUGCGGGAAAAUCAUCCAUAAUACAAGCUUUAUUCCGAUUAGCUUAUUUGGAUGGAACGAUCAAUAUUGACGGAAUCGACAUCACUUCUAUUGGAAUAAAUUAUUUAAGGCAGAAGAUAUCCAUAAUACCACAGGAACCCGUAUUAUUUAGCGGUUCUCUGAGAAAAAAUUUAGAUCCCUUUGAUGAGUACCCAGAUGUUUUGUUGCUUAGAGCUUUGGACAAAGUCAAACUUCUUUCAGAAGAUGAAAAUGUUGAGGCUUUAUAUAAACAAGUAUCAGAUUGUGGAUCGAACUUCAGUGUCGGCGAACGCCAAUUAGUAUGCUUGGCACGGGCUAUCGUGAAUAACGACAAAAUCCUUUUGUUGGACGAAGCUACAGCGAAUGUGGACGCGCAGACCGACGCUCUCAUACAAACAGCGAUCAAAGAACAUUUCAGAAGUUGUACUGUGCUCACUGUUGCCCAUAGGCUGAACACGGUCAUUGAUUCGGACAAGAUUUUGGUUCUUGACGCGGGAUAUUUGGUAGAAUUUGACCAUCCACACUUGUUGCUGCAGAACAGGAAGGGAUACUUUCGUAAAAUGGUCGCCGAGACCGGACCCGCCAUGUCACAACUGUUGCAUAAACUUGCUGCAGACGUACGUGAUUGUAUUUUAGCCAUUAAAGCCACUUAGGAAACGUACAUACCAUGGGAUCCGUUCUGAGGG